ACGUCCCCUGAAAGGAGCUGAAAAUGAUCUCCCACAUGGAUCAGAAGGAGGAACGGUGGUUCUCCCACCUCCGCGCCCACCGGGGGAAGUCUCAGACAGUGCUGAGCAGCACUUGUGCAGCUGAAGGUGGGAUUGUGAGCAAAAAAGAGAAUAAUUCCCACCAAGGCAGCCCUGGGCUGGCAGAGCCUGAGGUUUUACUCUCGGGACUCUCCAAGGAGAACAAUUCCCAGAGUUCUGCUGAGGACCCAGUCGUCCCACAGAGGUCAGAAAGUAUUCAGAGUCCUCUGGAGAAGAUGCAAAGCCAAGCGAUGCCGUGUGGGAAAAGUUUCAGGAAGCUGCCAGAUAUUAUCCAUCAGAGAAAUUCUUCUGUGGGGAGACUGAUAAUAUGUGGGGACUGCGGGAAGAGCUUCCGUGUGAGUUCCAACCUCGUCCAGCAUCGGAGAAUCCACACUGGAGAGAAACCCUUCUCCUGCACCGAGUGUGGGGGGCGUUUCCGGCAGCAGUCCCAUCUCAUCCAGCACCGGAGGAUCCACACGGGAGAGAGGCCCUACGAGUGCUCCGAGUGCGGGAAGAGCUUCAGCGUGAGCUCGAAGCUGCUCCGGCACCAGGUGACCCACACCGGGGAGAAACCCUUCAGGUGUGCCGAGUGCGGGAAGAGCUUCUCCGGGAACUGCCAGCUGGUGCAGCACCGGCGAGUGCACACGGGAGAGAAGCCCUACACGUGCGGCAGCUGCGGGAGGAGCUUCAGCGUGAGCUCGGCCCUGGCGCGGCACCGGCGCGUCCACACCGGGGAGAAGCCCUAUGUCUGUGCCGAGUGCGGGAAGAGCUUCCGCCAGAGCUCCGAGCUCAUGAAGCACCAGCGGGUGCACACCGGGGAGAAGCCGUACAAGUGCACCGAGUGCGGGAAGAGCUUCACCGGGAGUUCGGCCCUCAUUCAGCACCGCCGGUUCCACAGGGGCGAGCGGCCGUACGGAUGCUCCGAGUGCGGGAAGAGCUUCACGGUGAGCUCCCACCUCAUCCAGCACCGCCGCUUCCACACCGGAGAGCGCCCCUUCGAGUGCACCGAGUGCGGGAAGAGCUUCCUGUGGAGGUCGGCCCUGCUGCGGCACUGGCGGGUGCACAGCGGGGAGCGGCCGUACGCCUGUACCGAGUGCGGGGACAGCUUCAGGCAGAGCGCCCACCUCACCCAGCACCGCCGCACCCACAGCGGGGAGCGGCCCUACGCCUGUGCCGACUGCGGGAGGGGCUUCGCCGUGAGCUCCGCGCUCCUGCGGCACCGGCACGUCCACAGGGCAGGACAGCCCUAGCGAGCCUGAUCCCGGGGUCAGCGCUCUCUCCACUGACCGCCCGGCUCACGGAGUGGGAAGGCACUUUCCUUUAGGAGAACAAGUCCUAAAGGAGAGGGGUGCAAAUAGGGGAGAGUCAGUGCGAGGAGCUGCCGGUCUGGAGAGGAGCGUGGACACAGCAGGGGCAGUUGGUGGUGCUGCUCAGAGGGAAAGCUCUUGGGAGGGAAAGGAAGGGCUUUAAAAAGGCUGGAAUGUGCUUCGUGUAUUUCAGAGGAAGGCAAAUGACUCUGUGCCCACAUGUAGACAAUGAAUACAGUGAAGCACACGGACCAUUUUAGAGCCUGCAACAUUGGUCAACAAAAGCUCCUCAUCUGUGUUCAGAGGCGCUGAGCUCCCUCCCUCCCUCCGCCCACGGGCUGGAGCCGAAGCCCAAAGAAGCACCCUCGGCCCCCUGCGCUGGCUACCCGUGUGUCCCCGCGGCCCUGCAGGGGCUGUGGGGCGGCAGCUGCGCUGGACGCCGUUGCUGCAGCCGCCAAUAAAGCCACCGAUACCGCA